AUGGCAACCGUCGGGCCACCCCUAGCAGACAGUCUCCCGAGCAUCAACUUUGGAUUCGACGAUUUGCGAGAUCGCAUGGCCAAAUUCACCGCCAAAUUCGACGAGUUUAUCGAGCAAGGACGAAAAAGAGUCUUGGAAGAGCGCAACCAAUUCCGCAUCAAUGUUGUCGAGCUUCAAGAGGACCAGCGCAUGAAGAAGAGGGACAUUGAAAUCGUCCAGGUCAAAAGCACGGCCUACCAGCACACACUGGAGAAGGAAGACGCCGAAACGCGAGAAAUGGAGGCGGCAAUUGCGUCGCUCUCGGCGCAGCGCGACGCCCACCUCGCUACGCGGGAGAAGCUCAAACAACAAAUCGCCCAGACGCAAGCGGAGAUAGAAUCGCGGGUUGCGGCGCAGCGCGCGCACGCGGCGCAGCAGGAAGCGCAGCAGAGGUUCAACGUGCCGGAGCUAGAUUUCUGGAUCACAAACCUGUGCUUGCGGAUCGAGGGUGCGGGACAGGAUGACCGGUUGAAGUUUGUGUACACGCACAUUGAUGAGAAGAACUGGGAGCGAGAGGCGUGGUUUGAGCUGGCGACGAGCUCGAGAGACUACGACGUCAAGCACUGCCGACCGAAAUUGGAGAGGGAGGACGUGGAGAGGGUGCUGGAGAGGGUGAACGAGAGUAGAGAGCUGGCGGUGCUGCUGAAGGGGAUGCGGGAGUUGUUCGUGGAGGCCAUGAAGUCGUCGUAG